AUGGCGACACUACCAAAUCUCUGGAUCCCACAAUCAACCUCAACUGUCAACGUAUCAAUUAUCAACAGCAGCGGCACCAUCAGAGGCAUUCCAUUUAGCAGUUUCUACGAGCCUCCAAUUGUAGGGCACGAAUGGCUUGCUGCACCCUGCACCUCAUUCUUCAUUGAACAUGACAACCGUUCACUCGUCUUCGACCUUGGCAUCAGAAAAGACUGGCAGAAUCUCCCAGAGGCAUACCUAGACAGCCUCCGGGACAGCAACAUUACCGUCAGCGUGCCUACCGAUGUCCGCGGGAUUCUUGACGAGGGCGGCGUGGACAGCAGUGCCAUAGAAGCAGUCAUCUGGUCCCAUGCCCACGUUGAUCAUGUAGGCGACCCAUCAACCUUUGACAAUAACACGGCGCUCAUUGUAGGACCCGGAGUCCAAGAUGCCUUCUUCCCGGGAUAUCCAGCUAACCCAAACGCCGCGUUCCUUGAGUCCGAUGUGGCCGGCCGCGAGAUCAAGGAACUCAAAUUCAACUCCAAGUGUGGUGGCCUGAAGAUUGGCCACUUCGAGGCCAUUGACUUCUUCGGCGAUGGCUCCUUCUACCUACUCAACUCACCAGGACAUGCUAUCGGACACAUCUCUGCACUCGCUCGCGUGACAAGCAAUCCAGAUAGCUUCAUUCUCAUGGGAGGCGACACUGUCCAUCAAGCGGGCGUCUUACGACCGCACAAGUGGCACCCUCUCCCAGAGUCCGUCUCGCCAAACCCAUUUACGGGGAGGCCUGCUCCCGCAUGCCCCGGCGACCUGUUUGAAGGGCUGCUUCGCAACGGCAAGGACAGCCCGUUCUACGUCCCCUCCAGUACAAGCCAGAUGAACUACAAUACGACGGAGAUGAUUGAGUCGAUUCACAAGCUGCAGGAGACGGAUGCGCACGACAACAUCUUUGUCGUCCCGGCCCACGACGAGUAUAUCCUCAGGGUCGUGGAUCUGUUCCCGGCCAGAGCAAAUGACUUUAUGGAGAAGGGAUGGGUGCACCAGACUCGCUGGGCCUUUCUGAGAGAUUUCGCCAGGGCUGUCAAUUACACUGGCGAGCUCUACCCAAAGCAGUCCUGGGAUCCCGCGGGGAAUCAGACGAGAUCAUAG